GUUCAGUGUUGUCCUACGCUUCACUCCUUCGUCCCUUCGCUUUAGCCUCGCAUUCCUUGUUAUUUACUGCUUCACCGAGAAUUUGAGUCAUUCCGUACUGUUGCAACAGGCGAGUCAAGUUGUGUUCUGGAGUGUGGCGAAAUUCGUUUUUGACUUGGGCAGGGAGUUCUAUUGCUUUGAUUACACGAAACUGACAUUUAAGUUUUCUAUAGGGUUCUACUAGCUAAAACAAUCAAAAUGUUAAAAAGUUUAUCUCUGUGCCUUUUUCUCGCCUGUUCGUACGCCACCGGUUUAGACCUUGAUGCAGAUGUCAACUCCCACAACAAGGUUGUUGCCUGCUAUGUAGCAGGAUGGUCUGCCUACAGGCCUAACAAUGGUGCUUUUACUGUUGAUAACAUUGACCCAAUGCUGUGCACACACAUCAUCUAUGCAUUUGCCGGUCUGGAUAAUGUCACUUAUUCAAUUAAAAGUUUGGACAGUUUUCUAGACACUGAGGAAGGAGGUGGCAGAGGCCAAUACAAGAAAGUCAUGAAUUUCAAGAAGAAGCAGCCAAGGUUGAAAGUUACAAUUGCUAUUGGAGGCUGGAAUGAAGGUUCUGGAAAAUAUUCUGACAUGGCUGGGACUGCUGAGAAUCGCAAACUUUUCAUAGACAGUGUCUUAGCUUUCAUAAAGAAGCAUGGUUUUGAUGGCCUGGACAUGGAUUGGGAGUACCCUGGUAGCCGCGCGGGAUCUAGUCCUCUCGAUCGAGAAAAUUUUGCCCUACUUCUUAAAGAAAUACGAACCGAAUUCGAUAAAAGCGGCCUGAUUUUGACAGCCGCUAUUGGUGCAGCACCUCAGACCAUCAAUCGGGCGUAUGAUGUACCAGCGAUUACUCAGCAUCUCCAUUAUAUACACAUCAUGGCAUACGAUUACCACGGAUCUUGGGAUUUCCAAAUUGGACACAAUGCUCCGCUCAGGUUGCCAGUCAACAGCAGCACGGUCGACCUAGAACUUCGACUCAGCGUUGAGGAUACCAUAACCUAUCUAAUGAAACUUGGUGCAUCCCCGGAAAAAUUGGUGGUCGGCAUUCCUUUCUAUGGAAGAACUUUUACUCUUGUCGACAAAAAUUUGCGUGACAUCGGCUCUGCAUCGAAUGGAACGGGUUUUCAGGGCCCAUACACACGUGAAGAUGGAUUUCUUGGAUAUAAUGAGAUCUGUAAAGAGCUUGGCAUGAAAAAAGAAGGAAAUGAAUGGCUUGAACAAUGGGAUGACGUUGCUCAAGUGCCUUACAUGUUUAACGGUGAAAAAUGGGUUUCUUUUGACAACCAGCGAAGUGUCGCUAUCAAGGCCCGUUACGCAUUUAAUCAAGGACUUGGUGGUCUAAUGGUUUGGGCCAUUGACAACGACGAUUUUAUGCCCGAAUGCUCCACUGUUCGAUAUCCUCUAUUGAGGGCCAUUAAUGCCGAACUUAAGGCUGCUUCCAGUGAUAGCAUGAAGCCCGGCCAAGCUCCAGUCCCACCAAAAUCGAAGGAUUCGAAUAGUAAUCCGAACAGUGGCCACGAAAACAAACCUGGACAAACGUCCGACACGACUUCCAGUGAAGAAUCUGAUAAUGUUAUUGACCAUGGCCAUAACAAAUCAGGACAAGCAUCUGGCAUCAAAGGAUUUUCUCUCAAUCUACUUCUUUGUGUACUAACACCUGUGAUUUUCACAUUUUCUAUUCUACAUUGAAUGAAUGUUAACGGGAACGUAUAAUUCCCUAUAAAAAAUUUAUCGUAUGACGUCUUUUAAUACAAUCUUUUAAUGAUAAUAA